UUGUUAGUUUGCUUCUGACUAAACUUUGAAAUGGACAAGGUUGCGCUAAUAAUUGCUGUGAUACUUUUGCUGGGCAAUAGCUGCAGCUGUAGUCCGGAUAUCUCGCAUCCGGACUCUCGAAUCGUUGGUGGUGAUGAUUCGUCGGUGUUGUCUUUACGCUACCAGGUCUCUAUACAUCGACGCAAUGGCGUUAAGAGUGCCUAUGCUCACACCUGUGGUGGAUCUCUCUUGGAUGGGAGCACCGUGCUGACAGCGGCUCAUUGUGUCUACAAUCGGCAUGAGGAGAAUUUCAUGGUUGUCGCUGGAACUGAUCUGCACUCUGGCAUGGAUGGUGGUGUCGUGUCACGCGUGACGAAACUAUUGCCACAUGAACUGUACAAUGCAACGAUUACGGAUAAUGAUAUUGCAUUGAUCUUUGUCUCGCCACCGUUUCCAAUGAACACCAAUCGCAGGAUCGGCACAAUUGAGGUGGCCAAAGAGUUGCCGUCUGUGGGCACUCUGGCCACCGUGUCCGGUUGGGGAUUUACCAAAGAGGAUGGUUUGCCAUCGGCACGAUUGCAACAGGUGCAAGUACCGGUGGUGGACAGCAAGGAUUGCCAAGCUGCCUACGACUGGCGGCCGAUCACGGAUGCAAUGCUCUGCGCUGCCGCUCCAGGUGGGGGAAAGGAGGCCUGCAACGGUGAUGCGGGUGGAGCGCUUGUCGUUAACAACCAGGUCGUUGGCGUUGUCUCCUGGGCCGAGGGGUGUGCCCGUGAAGCUUAUCCCGGUGUCUAUGCCUCAGCGAGCCAUUUCCACAGCUGGAUUGCCGAGCAGCGAGCGGCUUACGCCAAAAUGGAAACUGUUCAACGCACAGUGGCACAAAACUAAAAUAGUGUUAAUCAGCUAAUUAUCGAUUGCUGUUAUCGAUAUCGAUAUACAUAAUUUAACUCAACGUUUGGCUGUAAGAAUCGUUCAAGAAUUUCUUAUAAAUAUAUUUCCGUUUCUUAAUAAAUUAUUAACAAUG